UUAUCAGAUUUAUUAUCACCAAAAACACUAAUUAAUUUUUAAUCGAAACAUUUUAACAUCAAUCAAUUGAAAGUAUUUAAAAAAUUGCGGCAACCGAUACAAAGAUCAUUCUGUAUAUUAUUUACUUAUACAAAUCUUUGUAAAUAUCCGUUAAGUUAAACUUUCAAAAACUUAGUAUAUCUUUAAAAACCUACCUGAAGCCCUUAUUUCUAAAGACCUACCUGAUAGUAACGUUGCGACUUGAUGGAUUAAUCCUUCAUCCAUCAUCUAUUAUAAUCGCGCGUUCUUGUGGAAAAACACCAAUAGUUUGGGUUAUUGAAAUAAUCCAAUUUAGGUAAACUUGUGGUAUGUGUCUGUUCAUCUUUUGCUACCUGCCAAGCCGGUUUUAGCAAGUCAACUAUUUGUUGACACCCUGUUACAAGAAAGGCUAAAUAUCUGCGUGAUGAUCAUAACUUUUACGGUCUCUGUCCUGAGAGGCGCCAUUCGGCAACUGCAACGACAAACUACCACUCGAGCACUAUCAUCAAGAAUUAUGGACGUCAUUAGCAUUCGGAGUUGUAUCAGACCAAGUUCUCUCGCGUCUUGAGAGAUACGGUCCGGUUCCUAGCAAUGCGGCGACAAGUUGCGAGUUGAUUCUUGAUAAUCGGUGUUACGACAUUCGAACGAUCCUGUGAAAUAAUUGGCAAAGCUGUAACUCAACAUAGUUCGCAAUUUCUUUAUGUAAUUUAUUCUACUUGACAGCCUCCUUACUUGAUGUAAUAAUUUCGUGAUAAGGUCUGAUUUUUAAAUUUAAGCCCUUGAUCCACGAUUGGAAUUUUCCAUCUCUCAUUCUGUACUUCGGGAUUCCAUGAACUGGUUCUCGAUUACCAACACGAAUAACAGCUACGCUCGAAAGUUAUUAAUAUCUUAAUUACGGGCUCUUGUUUUUGCGAGGACGUCUGGUUCAUCGGUUCUUUCAGGACAAGAGUCUGUCGCAUGACUAUUACGGCGAUACAUACGAUUGCAUGCAAUCUUUAUUAAACUCCUCGAUCUAUCUCCGUCGUUCUUAUUGUAUAAUUUAUAUAUUAUAGAUUUUAUAUUCUUAAUAUGAUUAACAUAAUUAUACUAAAAAAAUUUUUGAAAGCGUUAGUACCAGUUUAUCAAACACGCGUAAAAUUGUCAAUUUUGUUACAGCCAUAAUCUUUCUCAACGAGUAUUGAUCAUUAUAUUCUUAAUAUUUUUUCUCUUUUUAAAACAAUUUUUUUUUACAUAAAUUAAUCUUUUUAGCAAUUACAUUAUUUCUAAAGUUUUAUUUAAAUCAAACAAGUAUUACAGUAAAAGAAAGGGAAAAAUCUGAUCUGAGCAAGAGGCGGCAAAUCAAUUUCUGAGCAUAUUUUCAAAUUCUGUAUUUUGUAUUUUAAUUAUUAUAAAGAAAUUAUCAUAUAUAUAUAGAAUCAUUCCUGGCAUAAAAAUGUAGGGAAAGUUUUUCUUAUCACAUUAAUAUAAUUUAAUUAUAAUAAUUAGCCGUAUAAAAUGUCGGAUAUCGAAAUUGUGAAAACUGUCCCAAUGAGCUCCAGUCUCCCCUAUUGGCAAUGCAGGGACAUGGCAAGUUUCCGUAUAGCGGAUGAUUGCGGGCGGGCGAUAUAAAUCUGUGAUAUCUCCCAGGGGAUCGCGAAUCACGGGCGGAGGGGCACGCACGCGCUCGCGAUCGGUGGAAAAUUCGCAAUUAUGAGCGAGCGAGAGGGUGCGACGCGACUCUCCCGCGGGGCAGAACAGCAGCCGGAGAGCGCGACGACGACACGCGGACGCGCGCAGCCGACGCGCGCGAGCAAUGGAUAAAAGCGAGCGUCGCCGCGCGGCGCGUACAUUUAUCGCGCGUCUACGAAACCGUCAACCAGAACGACGGCACGAGGGGGAGGAAGACGCGCGCGUCGGUAGCUCCGCAAAUCCACUCGUACGUGAUCGGCCGGCGCACAUUUUCCCGCUUUUAACUGCGAUAAAUUGCGCCAGGAAAUCAGUGCAAACAAGCGUCGUCGAGAGUGCACUUCGCGCCCGGAUACAAAUUAAAGAGAAAAUAAACCGAGCACUCCCCGUGCUCUUUUUUCUCUCUUCCUCGCGGAGGAACGGACUUCGGAGCGGAGAUAAGUCCCGUCGCAUGGAGAAGCACAUCCUCGUCGAAACGGUGUGACGGAUUUAAGACUGUUGCGGUAGAUGAUUCGGAGACGCCGGAAAAGCGCGAUUUUCUCUGGAAAGAGAAGAAACGGUUGAGACGAAUAGAAUGUGACACUCCGGGCCGGACCAGAGGCUUUGCUCGAGAGGAAAAUCGCAUCGACGCGGACCGUGAUGUCUGACGUGAGGAUGCCGCUGUCCGCGACCAACCUGGCAGGAUAGAGAGCGCGAGAGAGAGGAAAGAGAGUGUGUGUGUGUACGUGUGAAAAUAGUCGGAAGAGAGUGAAAACACGAGAAAUACAUUCGUCCGCACGAUUGUUCGGCGCGUGACGUCAAUGGACUGGAUGGCGAGCCGAUAAUCGCGGUGCGAUAACUGCACGCUACGUCGAUACUUUAUCAGUCGGGCAGCGCGUAACAUACAAGCAGAGAGACAGCACAACGAGGACAGGCAUUGCUGGAGAGAUUCCAAGGAGCUCGGCCGCCAACGUCGGCACGGCGUAAUCUAAUCGGGACCGGCUGUCAGAUUGCAGUUAUGCGAGCUCCGCAGUCAUGAACCGGACGUCUUUGAGUAUGAGACCGGCGCGACGGACAAAGCUAUUUCCCACACGAACAAUGACAAAUCUGUUAACGUUACUGGUACUCGCGACAACGUUCGCGAAUGUAUUACCAGAAUCUGCGAUAAAUCCGAUAGGUAGUAUCGUCGGAUCGGGAUCAGGGGUUUCGUCCUCGUCUGGCAGCUCCUCGUCCUCGUCGUCAUCGGUGAUCGGCGUGGUAUCCGACAGUUCCAGUCCUAACGGCAACGGGGUUGGUGGUGUCGGAAACAGCAACGGCGUUGGUGGCAUCGGCGGUAGCGUCGGUGGUGGCCAUUCCGGCAUAAAUGGAGGUGGCGGCGGACAUUCCGGGAUCGGGGGUGGCAUCGGCAAGGGCCGAUGCGAAGAGAUCACAAUACCCAUGUGCCGCGGUAUCGGCUACAAUCUCACCGCCAUGCCGAACGAAUUGAACCAUGACACGCAGGAUGAGGCCGGCUUGGAGGUGCACCAGUUCUGGCCGUUAGUCGAGAUAAAAUGUUCAUCGGAUCUUAAGUUCUUCCUGUGCUCCAUGUACGCACCGAUCUGCCUACCGGAGUACACAAAACCGCUGCCGGCGUGUCGCAGCGUGUGCGAACGGGCGCGGACAGGCUGCGCGCCAUUGAUGCAGCAAUACGGCUUUUCGUGGCCGGAGAGAAUGGCAUGCGAACGACUGCCGUAUCACGGCGACCCAGAGAACCUGUGCAUGGAACAGGAUAAUCACACCAGCACUAGCACAGGCCCCGGCGGUAACGGCGGUGGCGCGGCGAGCAGCGGUCUCCCGGCACCACCGGGCCCGCCGUCGCGACCUACGCGUCCCAGCAAGACUUCCCAGCCGGCUCGUUGCAAGCCGGGCAAAAAUCAAAAAAACUGCCAACACCCCCCGGGGGAGAGGACGAGGGACUGCGUGUGCACUUGCAGAAAACCCCUCGUGCCCCUGGGGGCGGGUGGCACGGUGGGGAUAUCAGGACCGAUAAGCGUCAGCGGCAGCGUCAUCGGGGGCAACACCGGGGCCAACACGGGAGCUGGCUUGGCCGGCAUGGCCGUAAGUGGAAUAAUGCCGGCGCCAGCGCCACCGUCGAUGGGAGGUAUCGGUCGAAGCAUCAUCCAGGAGAUCGCAGGAGUGCCGGAUUGUGCCCUACCGUGUCACGGCGCAUUCCUCACCAACGAAGAGCGCGGGUUCGCGGCCGUGUGGUUAGCCGUUUGGAGCGGCUUAUGCGCGGCCAGCACUUUCGUGACCGUCACCACGUUCUUGAUCGACACCCAGCGUUUCAAGUAUCCUGAGCGUCCGAUCGUCUUCCUGUCAGCCUGCUACUUCGUCGUGUCCGUGGGAUACUUGUCACGCACCGUGUUUGGCCACGAGGAAAUCGCCUGCGACGGUCCAGCAUUGAAAUCGGGCGCACAGGGUCCGGGUAUCUGUGUCACCGUUUUCCUCCUGAUUUACUUCUUCGGUAUGGCUUCCUCCGUGUGGUGGGUGAUCCUGGCAUUCACGUGGUUCCUCGCGGCCGGUUUGAAGUGGGGCAACGAAGCGAUAGCGUCGUACUCGCAAUACUUUCAUCUAGUGGCGUGGCUGGCCCCGACCGUGCAAACGGUUUGGGCGUAUAUCGCGGGUGGCGUCGCCGGUGAUCCCGUUGCAGGAGUUUGCACAGUCGCACCCGAAGGAGUACGCAAUUUCAUCCUGGCGCCUCUGUUUGUUUAUCUUUUGCUGGGCACGACCUUUCUUCUGGCUGGUUUCGUGAGUCUUUUCCGAAUACGAUCGGUGAUUAAGCGUCAACCCGGUGCUAAGGCAGAUAAAUUGGAAAAGCUGAUGAUACGGAUUGGCGUGUUCAGCGUUCUUUAUACGUUACCGGCCGGCGUGGUGUUGGCUUGUCAUAUCUACGAGUCAUCUCUACGAGAUGAAUGGAUCAGCUCGCUGGCGUGUCCCUGUCGUCCACGGUCAAGGCCGCUCUACUCUAUCCUGAUGCUGAAGUACUUUAUGGCCCUCGCGGUCGGCAUUACCUCGGGAGUUUGGAUCUGGAGUGGCAAAACGGUCGAUUCCUGGAAGCGGUUAUGGAGGCGUUUAUUUGGCGGCGAUCACGGUCACAUGGGCGCCGGUGGCGGGAUGGUGGCCGGCGUGACCGGUGUUGGCGGCGGUAUCGGCAGCGUUGGCAUCAAGGGCGUCGUAGGACGAGGGAUCGCGAUGCCGUACCCGUCGGCACCGGGCCCGGGCAGCGCUCUGCUACCCCCUGGCAGCGUCGCCAGUGCGUCCCAGCAUCAUCUGCACCAUCAUGUACUCAAGCAACCACCGCUUUCGCACGUAUGACGUCAUCAGUCCGCGGGGGGCGAUAUGAACACCGCUGGAUGCGCCGAACAGCAACAAGAGAGGCCUUCCGCCCUCAGCAAUUACGGGCCCAUCUAGCCCUUCGCCUCGGCUUCGCGCAGGCAUAACGCGACGCCACACGCGACGCCGCAUACGGCACCGCACACGCCUCACUCGGCGGCGACUAUCUACUCCAGGAGGUCGCUCGCGUCCACGACCGGGCCGCUGACGCCGGCGCACGGGAUCGCGCCCUCUUACACGCAGGCUACCGAAGUAUGAAAGGAAGGAUCACGUGGAGUCUCACGUGGAGAUUGAAGAAUUUGAUUCAGCGGCCCGAUGUCGCUGUCGUCGGAUGCUGCAUCCUCCUCCGCGCGACGGACGACGAGCGGCCGCGGUGCUUCUUGAUUACCCGAUAUACGUAUUAGCCUGUACGUGUCUUCUACCGCGGGAAUCUCAAGGAAUCCUCUCUCCAGUUCUCCGGAUCAUCGGCGAUUUCUUCGGCGCCUUCAUCUUGCCGAUCGAUUCGAAGGAAUUUCUGUCCUGCGAAAGGACGAAUCGCGAGGACGAUCGAUGAAACGAAGCCAGUACGUUUUGGUAUUAUCGACAGGGAGGGUCGCUCGAGUGUCGCGGUAUAGUGAGAUUGUGAUUUAGAAAAAAAAAAGACCCAGCGAGUGGUAUGCAAGAACGCAUGUACGUUCAUAGCGAUGAACGAUGUCGAUUGAUUUCUCUAUCUUUAUCUGUAUCUAUCUAUCUAUCUAUCUAUCUAUCUAUCUCUCUCUUUCUCCUUCUCUUUCUUACAGUCUUGUAAGUGGCGGCGUCGUAAAAAUCCGCCAACGUGUCCGUCUAACGUGUAUCGUCUCGUCUAUUUAUCUAAUCUAGCCAUUAAAGAGCCAUGUUUGGGGGAUGCACACACGGAUGCGACGCGUACGCGAAAAGCGGCAGCCUGCCUUCUUUCCUCCCUUCUCCCGGAAGAGAAAGAAACUGCCAAGGUGUUCUCGAUAUCGCGCGCCGAGAGAUAUCCCUUUCCGGGAGAUGUUCCCCUUUUCUCGCACCAACCACCCCUCGUCACUGCCACCCUUCGCGAUCCGGGGGGUCGCGAAAUUUUGAAAGUAGUUCUGACCGAAAGCAGGCCGCCGCCGCCCGCGAUAGACGCGCGACGAUAAAGGAAAAAGCGAAUGUACAGGAUGAAGUAACAAACGCUAAAGUAACAAACCAGGUAGAAUGGACAAGUGUAAAUACUUUAGAUGUUAGCCGAUGCUGUAAAUAAAUAAAACGGUCGCCGGACUCGUUUAUAGAAUGUUGAGGCGCGAAAGACGAUCGCGCUUGUGGCGAGUGCUACGUCGUUUUCCUUUCACGAGCAAUUAUCAGACAAAACUUGUCGUACUCGAUAUAGAACGGAAAAGUCCGUUAAUUGGUUCGGCGUUAUGCAAUGUCGACGUGAAAUACGCCGCUUUCGCCAACUUUCCUUGAGAUAAUAUUCAAUUUGUGAUGGUUCGUUGAAAGAUUUAAUCAGAUACAGCCCUUUGUUUCGUUUAACUAGAAUUCAUUAAUUAAUCACAACUUAUCGAGUUGGUUUUAACUUAAGAUCCGAACCGUUAAAAUUCAAUAAAAUUUAUUCUCCAUCUAAUGAAAGUGAGAUAAAUUGAUGAGAUCUGGCAUAUAUGUUAUUUUUGUUGAAAUUUUAGUUUAUAAAUAUGUAAAUCUCAUUAUAUAUGUAAAUCAUAUAUAGAUGAAAGUUAUAUAUUUUUUAGUUUAUGUUAAUAAAUAAAUCAAUAUAAUUUAUAAUUUCAGAUUACACAACAGAUUGCGCGAUUCGAACUGAUCAAUAAUUUUGACAGAUUUUAAUCUGAUUUCACAAUAGUAGAAUCGAGCGUUAUUGUUAUUGCCACGAGCGGACAAUCGUCGCGGAAAACUAGAUUCGUAUGCGCGUCCAUGGAAAAUGCGUAAUAAUACAGAUAUAUUAUAUAUAUAUAUAUAUACAGGACCGCCACGCGAAGAGAUCACACGUAAUUUAACACACACGUUGGUGUUGUACUAGUUUGAAUCUUUUUAUAUCAUAAGUAAGGAUGUGUCGCGCUCUCUCUUGUACGCAUUCGUGUAAUUCACCAAGUCGCAACCGUCGCGCGGAACCAAUAGUAACGGAGAGUAAGAGAUGCGACGUUCUACUUUUAAAAAAAAUUUUUUAUUUUUUACUGUACUUCGUGCGGUGGUCGGGCUCCUUUUGCACACGUGUCGGGAAGGGCGGUCGACGCGAUAGCGCAAGCACGUAAAAGGGCGAUCAACCCUUCCUCGCGCGCAAAGGAGCACGGAGAAGGAAAUCCACGUUCAUCCCCCCGAAGCAUAGUAAGUAAAGGAAAAUUAUGCACGCGCGCGUAUGUAAUUCUUAUGUAAAUCCCGAUGAUCUAGGAAUAGUCCCCGAGCGAGAUUACGGGCGAGAUACAACGGAAGUAACAGCCCUUAAAAGUAUAUAUUAUACGCGUGACGACGUCAGUCACCAGCACACACAAUCCAGAAUCUUUUCUAGUACCGGAAACCGAGGUCGUAAAGAGAAAGCGGAAUCGGAGAAAUUUACAGCAUCUCGUAAGCGAACUACGUUCGGACGUAAUAAAAUUUAAUUAUAUACGACAGAAAUUUGGGCAAAUUUUACAUAAUGUAUUUAUCGUGACUCAGGGAUACUAUUUAAGCCCUGUAAGAAUAAUAUUGUAAGCCAAUAACGCGAAAUUUAAUUUUCGACUAUAGAUAAAGAUAAAAAUAGAUAAAGCGAUAAACAGGCUUGACAAUUCUGGAUUACUGCCCGCUGUAUUUCUUUACGAGAUGUUGCGAGCGCAGAGCACAAGCAAAAGAACUGAAAACAAAAAAAAACAAAAACUGCCUCAUCCAACUUAGCACAUCGACUGCCACAUCUCAUUCACGUAUGAAUGCGCUCAGUUUUAUGACAGAUUCUCAGAUUGCCAAACGCAUUUCGUUUCAUAAUUCAUCUCUUUGCCGUAAAAUGUCACUGAAUGACUUCUUACGAAAAUUUGAUGUCACUUAUAUUUGAAUGACGGGGCCAUCUCGAAAAUAACGAAUACGUAUUCGCAUACGUGACACAUGCGACUGUCACAGUCGAUGUGUUAAAUGCGUUAACCGUCGUGUGUCUUAUACACGGUGUAGAUAGAAACCUUUGCCAAAACGGAGCGUACACACGUAAUGUUUGUAAAUUAGUGGGAGUAAAGAUGUCUUACAAUUAGUGUCCACAUAUCACGCCAAUAAGAGAGGGGGUAGUGAACGAUAUCGCGUUCGCACGAAGGCGAAAGGAAGGGAUGCGAAUUCGGAGUGUGAAUGCCGGAAAAGUGCGAUUUCUUCCGACGACAAUUAAGAUGAGCGAAAAGACGUCCAGGAGUGGCGUAGAGAAAACCAGAGGGUAAGAGGAGGUCUUUAUAAGUAAUUUGUAUAAGCCACUUUUUGUCACACUAAUUGUCAAUAAAAAAGGAGACUACUGUGUGUAAAUUGUGAGUGUGUGUUUCGAGAUGUAUGGAGUAUGUAGCCGCUCUCCGCUCAUUCUUCGCGACGAUAUCGGAGCCUCUCUUAGCCUCCCCUCUUUAUUUUUUAAUCCGUGCGUUUUCUCUCUCGUUCGAUCAUUUUACGUUUCUGGAUUGCGCGACGAGUUUUACACGCGGUUGCCGUCGGCCGCAUCUGUACAAUUUUUACGUUGCCAUAGUAACCAUAGGUGUAAUCGACCCCGCCGUCGGUUGCAAAAAAAAAAAAUUAAAAAUAUACAUAUAUAGGUAUUUAUAUACAUGUAUAUGUAUAUACAUAAUAUGUAUGAAAAUAUAUUUAUAUAGAUACAUAUACAUGUAUACGGCCGCGUGUACAUACAUUACGCGUAUAUAUCCAAAAUGUAUACGACUUUUAAUACAUUUUAUUAUUAUUUAA